AUGGCGAUGAAUGUGAAGAGCAAGGAUGCUGUAAUUCAAAGCCUGGAGUCUGUUCCCAAAACUCCUCUGAGUCUGAUGUGUCAGCAGCAGCAGCAGCCGCAGCCGCUCCAGCCGCUCCAGCCACAGCCCUUCCAGCCGCUAUCGACCCCUCAGCCCCUCGGACCACCGCCUGUGAUGCUCUCCUCGCCAGAUGUGCUGCACUACCCCCUCUGUAGCGCGAUGACGGCCAAGCCGCCGCACUCCCACCUCCAGAUGGUCCACAGCCCGCCGCCGGUACCCCCGUUGCCCCCCAUACCCCCGGUGUCUGCGCUGCCGGUGCCCGUGCCGGGCCCUAGGCCCCUGGAAGAGGAGUGCCAGACCGGGGGCUCGGAGCAGGAUGCCACCCUGGAGGAGCUGUGCAAGCCGCUCUACUGCAAACUGUGCAACGUCACGCUCAACUCAGCGCAGCAGGCCCAAGCCCAUUACCAGGGGAAAAACCAUAGCAAGAAACUGCGGAAUUUCUACGCUGGAAGCCAGCAGCCGCCUCCUAUACGAAUACCUGAGAUAGCAGAGCCCGUCUCCCAGCAACCAAACUCCACCCCACCAACAGAAAUGUCCUUUAAGGGCGCAGGGCGGGUGAUACUGGCCACAGAGAACGACUACUGUAAGCUUUGCGACGCGUCCUUCAGUUCACCUGCAGUGGCACAGGCGCACUACCAGGGCAAGAACCAUGCCAAGCGACUGCGCCUGGCAGAGGCCCAGCAGAGUGCCAGCUACUUAGAGCCGUGUGAAUCAGGCCAGAGGCGGACUAGGAAAGAGGGAAGUGAGUACCGUCUGAUCAAGAACCGCAGAGUACCACAUGCACCUCCUGUCAUACCAGGGCCCUACUACAACCCACGGCCGAGGCAGCGUAUCCCGCGCGACCUGGCGAUGUGUGUGACGCCCAGCGGUCAGUUCUACUGCUCCAUGUGCAACUCAGGGGCCAGCGAGGAGGCCGACUUCCGCCUGCAUCUGGAGAGCAAGCAGCACAAGAGCAAGGUGUCCGAGCAGCGCUACCGGAGUGAGAUGGAGACCCUGGGAUACACCUAGAGGGGUUUCUAUCUCAGUGUGUGUGUGUGUGUGUGUGUGUGUGUGUGUGUGUGUGUGUGUGUGUGUGAGUGUGUGUGUGUGUGUGUGUGUGUGUGUGUAUGCUUACGUGGUGGGAUCAGGGACAUGGAACAUUUUUCAGUCUGUCAUUUUUGGAUGUUUGGAAACAGGGUAAAACCUUGGGUUGUGUGUGGGUGUGUGUGUGGUUGCGUGUGUGAGUGUGCGUGCAUGAUUAUUUUUGUUGGAGAGGUAAAGCGUGUUUCUCCAUUCCACUUUUGAGACUUAAUAUUCGUUUUUUUAAAUGUGCUGUAACUAAUGCAGUAGUAUUAUGUUAAUUUAACUAUUUAUUUUAGAAAAGUCAUUCGCACAUUCUUGUACCCAAAGCUGUAGUUCCUGUGCGUUUACUGUCACGAGUGUUUACUGAGGUGUUUACGAAGGUGUCACGAAGCCAACAGAGAAGAUUAGGGGUCGACUCCGUCUUAAGUGCAUCGGCGGCACUUUAUUACUACCCUGUAUCAACAGGAAUGGCUUUUCUAAACACCACGACAUGGGAUCCCUGUGUCCUUUGUGAGACUGUGUUGAUAGGCGUCAGUCGUCAGCCAGAGCAAAUUGAAAUUGUGCUCACUACUUGACCCUGUGACAAAUCACAGCCAGAGCAGCUUUUCUAAUCUGCGUUUGUUUUGCACAAAUGAAGAGAAAGACCAGCGGCGUCCUGAUCUGAGGUCUGUUUCGUCGCUCGGUGUUGACAGCCGUCCAGCUCAUGUACUCUCUAGUGCCUCAGCACUCUUGCCCCGGCGUCGUUUGUUGUUGUUGUGUUUACACUGUAGCCACAACGGACUUCAUAGUCUAUCUGAAGGUACCUCCGUCAAGAUGCUCAGCGUGCUGGAAUUUUUAACAAGACUCUGGAGUAUAUAUUUUCUGCGUGUGCUACUUUUUGGAAAGCAUGCCAGUGCACAGCGAGGAUUAGUUAGUUGGUGAGAUUUGUUCUGAUUGGCCGGUUGGGGAGCAAUGAGCAUGGGAGGUUCUUAGCGCAGUUAUCCUUUUGGGAGAAGCUAUCGAAGCAGCCCAAAGUGCAGGUGACUCACAGGGUGCCUCUCAACAUGCCUCCUCGAUCCUCGAUGCUCGAUCCUCGAGGGGCGUUCCCACUGAUCUAUAACUAACACUGGAUAGACUAUCCCAUUGUUCCC